AGUUAGUUCUAAGUUGAUUUUCAGAGUAUAGGAGGAAUAUUUUGCCAGUACGCAAUUUGAUCUAACGAAGUGGCGCUGAUAUUAAUGAUAAAGCCUAUCGAAGAGCUACCGUCGUAGAAUCUUGAAUCUGAAAAUUAUACUACGCCACGACGACCAACUGCUGUUCAGAUAAAGACUGGUGCAUGUAAAAAUUAUUAAUCUAUGCGUUUUAUUGGUUUAGUUUGUAGCGCAUGGCUAUAUUGUAUUUUACGGACCAUGGGGUGCACUUCAAACUCCUUUUUCCGCAACCGAUUUUGGGCAUAAUAUAUACGAGCCAGGCAGUGCUUUCAUGCUUUAUUGGCUACACUCAGAACCAGUACUCUUAUUGCUUUAAAAACCGUUGCCUCUUAUAGCUCGAUCCGCUUUGUGUACGAAUUAAAAACCUAAGAAAUUUGUUGACAGUAAUACAGUGCGCUUUAUGUUCCGUAAAUAUGGUAACUUUUGUAAUACUCCACACCGCAAACCUCAUAUGAGCGAAGUAAGAAGAAACAUAUCGCCGCAUCAAAACCAACCUAGCUUAUGUUACCUUUUUAGGAAUGGACUUCUCCCUGAGCAUCUAUCAGUAUAGACCAGGAGCCAUCUUUUGGUCUACGUUUCAGAGCUAUACGGAAAGCUUUAAUUACGGAAUUCACGAAAAAAUAUUUUCACGGAAUUGAAUUUGCAUACUCAUUUUUCUAUGGAAUUUGGUGGGCGAGAAUGACUAGAAUAUUUACUGUGGAUCACCGUUUAAAAGAUAUUGGGCUACACUGCGGUAGAGAGUUUCCUCUCUACAAUAUGUGCCGCUACUAGUAGUUUAACAGUUCAUUCGUUUUUAGGUUGACGUCUUUCCUAAUUUGUCUUGUAGCCGAAGGCGCUUAAUCAGGCGAAAAUGCUGGAUGACGUGUUUCUACGUUAACCAAAACACAAAUAUAAUGUGAAUGCAACUAUUUUGUGGCUUCAAUAGGUCGAUUGAUUGUAAUUUUUAGUUCGAGGAUAGCAAAGCUAUUGAUUACCAUAAAAUAUUCUGGUGUAAGAUAGUCAUAAAAGACUCAUUAGAACUUUUAUAAAAUCCAAUGUCAUUGUAAGACUGGCUCGAGUUCGUAGUCUUAUAAGGGAUUUGUCUGGAUCAUUCUAUAGCAGUAUAGCGCAUAGUACUGUAUUUGCUUGUUUGUAUUUUAUUUCCAGAAUGUUAUCAAAAUAAAAGAGACUUUUAGAUGUAUUUCGAAACAGUUCAACAACAACAGGUCAAAAAGACAAUACACCAUCACAAAAUACUACAUAGAUAAAUGUUUGGUAGAACUGAACCGCUAGAAUCAAAUGAAUGUAGCAUUUGUGGUAUGAACUGCUUCUGGACGGGCGGUAAAAUAGUCAUUGAUAUUCAAUGAACCAUUAGAGGACGUAAUUAAAUGCCAUCAUCUGACAGUUGUUUUGAGUUUAGUGGCAGCAAUGAGUCAUUAUUACUUAGCAAGAAAAAUCUGUUUUGAAAGAUAACAAAUCUGUUUUAGACAAACAGCUCCAAGUCAGGUAUUCUCGAUACCUACAAAAUGUUGCCCUCAGUAGGAUGUAUUAUUCUUUAUAAAAAAUAAUUUGUUUUUACUUCCUUUCUUACCAGAAAUGUCGAUAGGGAAGUUGUUAUCAUAUAUUCAACCUGUGUAUAUGUCUGCAGAAAAGUAGCUAGGUUAAUGUUCAGCAGGAAACAAAUAGACACCUAAAAGAGACCCGUAAAUUAGAUAUAUUUAUGUCGAAUGAUUGAUAUGGAUGAACAUAAAGUGGAACAGCUGAACAUACCUCAAGCAUCGCAUUCGGGCAAAACCGAUUCUGUGAAUCCCGUUAAAAAAGAAAUCACCAAGUAUGUCUUUGCAAGAAAUCGGAAAAAGGCAGCAGCAGGUCACUACUCACAUAGAAAACGACUUAGGUCACAUAUUACACCUCCAAUACUGCCGCUUCCAGUGAAGCGAAGUUAUACUUCUUCAAGAAAAAUACAUUCUCGUGGUGGGAGACUGAAACUAUGCGGAUGUUACGUCGUAAUACCAGAAGAUGCAUUGACGCGAGAAGUGGAAAUAACAUUAGAAGUAAAGUUCAUGAACUGGGGGCAGAAUAUAAGAAACGAAUUGAUGUUAUUUGGACCAGAAAUUGUUCUCGGUCCUCCUGGAACAACAUUUCGCAAACCAGUUGUGAUUACCAUUACUUCAUGCUAUCACAAGAUACAAGAAUGUGACCAUCCUCCAGUGAAGGUAGAAACUGGACAAUUUUGGGAUUUGCAUGAAGAAACGACACUUGGAGAAAAUGGGGAGUUCACGUUUUCAGUUAUGCAUUUUUCACCAUAUCGGUUUCUGCUUCGUUUACUUGGCGUUGAGAAAAGCAUUGUUCACAUGAGUUUUACUCGACAAAUCGGUGAUGAGAACGAAUAUGAAAUGAUUUGGUGCUUCUGUGACAAUCUCAGAGAAGCUAAGUUGGAAGUUCAGAAGGAAAUGGCGAUACAGGAUUUCAAACUGACAAAGUCAACCGAGACUUUUGUCAUAAGGUGCGAUGAAAACAUCAGAGUUUCGUUAGAAAUAGCUGACUCUCCAGUUCAACCUGGAUCCAAGAUAAUUUCGGUCAACGAUCUAUGGUUUUCCGACUCGGUGGUCAAAGUCGAAUUCACCAUUGGAAAUCUACGUGCUCGGAGUCGAAUCAACUACAAGAUCGACAUGAUGAAAACAGGUCAAGAUGAAGUUCAUUCAAGCAAGACAAACACAUUCACCUUUCUCCCGGAUACAGGAAAUAUGGAUCGAGGUGCGCAAGGUGGCGCUACUGUGCUUCAUCAACCCGUUAUCGACACGAUGCUAUUCCCGUAAUGUUCGGUUUCACUACACUACAAUGUUCAAUUCUAAUUUGACUGGAAUAGUCUGAAAUCUGAUAUUUUGAAAACAUUCGAAAAAAGUUUCAUAUCGUACUGCUUCACUUUUGGUUGAGUCAGCUUUUUUAAAAUUACGCCAUCCCAUGGAUUUUCCUCGAAAUUCUGUCGCGCAAAUGCUGUUUUCAUUGACCAUUCAAUCUUUGUAAAAUGUAUUUGAUUACUGUUUCUUUAUUAUAUUAGAUUUUGUAGUUGUACAUUUUUUCAUAUACAUUUAGUAUAAAAAUAAAAUAAACGCUUCUAACGGAAAGAUAGA